AACACAUUCCCAUGGCUACUCUCAGGAUUGCUACUUUCGUUUUCUUUGUGUUAUUAGGUCUAGGUAUAUCUUCUGCUACCAGAGUCCUCCUCUCUCGUGAAGAAGAGGUUACUCACUCUCUGACAAAUGGCCAUGUUGCUGAACUUGGCGUUGGAGCUCAUAUUGGCGCUGGUGUUGGUGGGGGAUAUGGUGGUGGAGGCGGCUCAGGAGGUGGUGGUGGAUAUGGAAAUAUAGGAGAAGGUGGUGGUGCUGGUUCUGGAGAAGGUGGUGGUGCUGGUUCUGGAGAAGGUAGUGGGUAUGGAGGCGCAGCUGGUCAUGGUGGUGGCGGAGGCAGCGGUGCUGGUGGGGGAGCUGGUGGAUAUGGAGGCGGGGCUGGUGAAGGUGGUGGAGCUGGAUAUGGUAGUGGUGGAGGAAAUGGUGGUGGAGGGGGUGGUGGAAGUGGUGGUGGUGGAGGUGCUGGUGGAGGUGGUGCUGGUGGCUCUGGAUAUGGAGGUGGUUCAGGAAAAGGAUCAGGAGGUGGGUAUGGUGGUGGUGGUGCAGGUGGCGCUGGAGGAGGAGGAGGUGGUGGGAGUGGUGGAGGAGGAGGUGGUUCUGGUGGUGGGGGUUAUGGAAGUGGUGGAGGACAAGGAGGGGGUUAUGGUGGAGGAGCAGGAGGUGCUGGGGGUGGUGGUGGCGGUGGCUCUGGUGGGGGAGGUGGUGGUGGGUAUGGUGCAGGAGGUGCACACGGAGGUGGCUAUGGGGCAGGCGGUGGAAGUGGUCAAGGUGGCGGCUAUGGUGGUGGCCAUGCCCCUUAAAGUCGAGGAUACCUUAUCCUUGUUAUACUUCCACAAAACCUUAAGCCAAAGCGUAUGUUUUUUCAAUAGUAUGAAAAAUAAGGUUGAAUUGGGGUAAUAAAAAGGGGUAUGAUCGUGCAUGUGGCGCAAGAAGUUAUAUAUGUAUUUACAUAAAUAUGAAUGUUAAUUUGAAUGAAGUUAAGUAUGUGAAA